GGCGGCGGUGGCGGCGGUGGCGGCGGUUGCCGCUCCUCUGGGGGUCCGGACUAACCGACGGCAGUUCGGCCUGGCUCGCGGCCUGGCUGUGUGAGGACGACGGCGGGGAGCCAUGGCCGAGGCGGUUCCUCCUCCGAACAAGGGAAAACGACGCUCUACACCUAUAACUUCCUCUUCACUCCUGCCUCCGGCCUCCGAGAAAGAUUCAUACCUACAAAGUACAGAGAUCUCCCUUUGGACUGUGGUGGCAGCUAUUCAGGCAGUGGAGAAGAAGGUGGAGUCCCAGGCUGCCCGAUUACAGACCCUGGAGGGGCGGACUGGGACAGCAGAGAAGAAACUGGCUGAUUAUGAGAAGACAGCAGUAGAGUUUGGGAACCAGUUGGAGGGCAAAUGGGCUGUGUUGGGGACCUUGGUGCAGGAGUAUGGGCUGCUGCAGAGACGGCUGGAGAACAUGGAGAACCUUCUGAGAAACAGGAACUUCUGGAUCCUGCGGCUCCCCCCGGGCAGCAAGGGCGAGGUUCCCAAGGUGCCUGGGACUUUUGAAAAUGAUGGAGUCUAUUUCUCAGAGCAAGAAUGGGAGAACCUGGAUGAUUGGCAAAAAGAACUUUACAGGAAUGUGAUGAAGAGCAACUUUGAGACCCUUGUCUCACUGGACUGUGCCAUUUCCAACCCUGAGAUCCUGGCCCACCAGGAAGAAGAAUCUGGCACAGAGGAACUGGGGGAUUUGGCUGGGGAGAGUCCAGGUGGUCCCCACCUAGCAGAUGGAGUUAUGAUCAAACAGGAGAUGAAGUACCAUCAAGAAAGCCCUGAAGACUUGCCCGGAGAGUUUUCUGGUAGCGUUGAACAGCAUGCUUUACUAAUCCCUGAGCAGGCUGCAACCUGGGAUGGUCAGGGCAACUCCAUCCUUCUGGAGACUGACCCAGAGGUGGCUAAACUGGAAGAAGCUAUAGAAUGUGACCAAGACCGAAGUAAUGCCAAAACAUUGAGCUUUCAUCGGAAGCGGAAAGCUAGUGGGCAAGCCCGAUCAGGUCAGGAGUGCAGACAGGGCAUGAGGUUAAAAAGGAGUCUGGCCCACCCUCGGAGCCCCCCAGCCACUGGUUCAUACGAGUGCUCUGAGUGUGAUGUCAGUUUCCGAUACAAGCAGCAGCUGACUGUUCAUAUGAGAACCCACCCUGGUUGGGGGUCCUUUGGGGAUCCAGAGCCUGAGGAGAAUCUACGGCCCAGGCCCCAGCUCAAACCUCAAGCCAAGAGGGUGAAGCCGCACCGGUGUGAAGAGUGUCUGAGAAGUUUUAGUUGUAAGGCAAGCCUUGUGACCCACCAGCGGUGCCACCUGCAGGAAGGCUCAAGCGUGGGCCAGCGAGUCCAGGAGAGGUUCUCACCCAAUAGCCUGGUGGCACUACCGGGCCACAUCCCUUGGAGGAAGAGCCGAAGCUCACUUAUCUGUGGAUACUGUGGCAAGAGUUUCAGCCAUCCUUCUGACCUGGUGCGGCAUCAGCGCAUCCACACAGGUGAACGGCCCUACAGCUGUGCACAGUGUGAGAAGAGUUUUGUACAGAAGCAGCACCUAUUACAGCACCAGAAGAUCCAUCAGAGAGAACGGGGUGGGCUGGCCCUGGAACCUGGAGGGAAUGAUGGGCUGCUCUAAAGAUGCCGGCCCCUCAUCUAUCCCUGGGGCAGGGGGGGCCGGCAUAAGCCCCCUGGAAAGUCACUGUGCAGGGGUGAGGCAGCUCUCAACUAGAUCCUGCUUUAGGGCAGGGUGAGCUCAGCCACCCCCCUACCCUCCUCUCCUUUCUCCGACCAAGCACUAGACUGAGCCCGAACUCUUCCCUGAAAACCAUGCUGAGAUGGGGUAGGUAGCCUGAAAGUCAGGCUUCCAUAUCCUGCCUUCCACCUGCUGAUGAGUCAGCCAUUCUUUGGAAUCCUUUGUGCCUCUGUUUUUCACAUUACCCCAGGGUUUGUGGGUUGGAGUGGCCUAGGUUUGCCACCUGCUGGGGAGUUGUGUUCUGUUGCCAGGCCCAAGUAGCGUUCUUCACAAGAAUCCCAUAAUGGAAAUUCCCACAGAUGCCCCUUCUGCCCCUCCAGGUGACCUAUGAUCACCUCCAAGGCCUGUUGUUGGGGUGUUUUGUAACCGCCUCUGGGGGGAGUGGGGCCAGAGUUAUUAGCAGUUGUGUGGCAGGAAGUUGGGAAGCACAAUAUUUCAUUUCUUUAAAAAAAAAGUUAUAAUUGGUGUUAACAUGUAGGAUUAACUUAAAUGAGCCACUUUCCUUUCUCUGCUGAUACCUGUUUUGAACUCAGUUUGAGGAUUUUUGUCAUUUAAUUUUUAAAACCAAGCUUUCUGACACUUGGGUUUUUUUGUUUGUUUGUUUUGUUUUGUUUUUUUUAAAUUCUAAAAGAAGUGGUUGUUCCUAACUGGGACUGGGCCCACCCUCUAGGAGGGAAUAAAGGAUAUGAGGUUUC